UCUCUCCCAUACACACAUACUCCAUACUCGAAAAAACCCUAAAAGCUCUCUCUUUUGUCUCCUUCUCUCUACAUUUUCUUCUUCAGAUCUCCAAAUUGAAACCCCAAAUUCGUGUUUUCUGCACAAACCCCAUUUUCAAAACCCAAGCUUUUGUUCAAAAAAAGUUCAAAAAAAGGUGGCAUUUUUUAAUAUCAGAUGUCUCAUGUGAAAUGAAGAAGACGAACAUUAUCGACCUCCAUUGUUAUCCUUCUUUUUGUUACCUUUUGUUUCUUUUAGUUUCAGUUUUUGUAUCCUUAUGUUCAUGCAAUGAGCAUUAUCUUUCCAGCCAUGGCGGAUUUACCGACAAGGAAGUAUCGUACAUAAAGCAACGACAUCUGCUUUAUUACAUAGAUGAGUUCGGUGACAGAGGGGAGAACGUCACCGUCGACCCGUCACUGGUUUUUGAAAACCAGAGGUUGAGAGACGCUUAUAUAGCUUUACAAGCUUGGAAAAAAGCGAUUCUUUCCGACCCGUUUAAUCUCACCGCCGAUUGGGUUGGAUCCGGGGUGUGUGACUAUACUGGUGUUUUCUGUGCUCGAGCGCUUGAUAACAAGAGAAUCAGAACCGUCGCCGGUAUUGAUUUAAACCAUGGAGAUGUUGCCGGUUACUUGCCGGAGGAGCUUGGGUUACUCACCGAUCUGGCAUUGUUUCAUAUCAACUCGAACCGGUUUUGUGGUACGGUUCCGCAUAAGUUUAUAAAGUUGAAGCUGAUGUUCGAGUUGGAUCUUAGCAACAAUCGGUUCGCCGGUAAGUUCCCUGAAGUGAUUCUUAAGCUUCCUUUACUUAAAUUUUUGGAUUUGAGGUUUAAUGAAUUUGAAGGAACUGUGCCCAAAGAGCUUUUUGAUAAAGAUUUGGAUGCUAUUUUUAUUAAUCAUAACCGGUUUAGAUUUAAUCUACCGGAUAAUUUUGGUAACUCGCCGGCUUCUGUUAUUGUUUUGGCUAAUAACAAGUUUCACGGUUGUGUACCGGCGAGUCUUGGGAACAUGACGAGUCUUGAAGAGAUAAUUUUAAUGAACAAUGGGUUUCGAUCUUGUUUGCCGGAGCAAAUUGGGGGGUUGAGAAAUAUGACUGUUUUUGAUGUUAGCUUUAAUGAGUUAAUGGGUACUUUGCCGGAGCAAAUUGGGGGAAUGGUUAGCCUUGAACAGCUUAAUGUGGCACAUAAUAUGUUGUCUGGGAAGAUUCCAGCAAGUAUUUGUCGGUUGCCGAAGUUGGAGAAUUUCACGUUUUCGUAUAAUUUCUUCACCGGAGAACCGCCGGUUUGUUUGGGGUUACGUGCUUUUGACGAUAGGAGGAACUGUUUGCCGGCGAGGCCUUUACAACGGAGUGCUGCUCAAUGUAGGUCUUUCUUGUCUAGACCGGUGGAUUGUAAUUCAUUUAGGUGUGCUCCUUUUGUUCCUUCUUUGCCGUCUCCUCCUCCGCCUUCUCCGCCUCCGGUUGUUGUGCUGUCACCGCCACCCCCAUCGCCUGUUUUUAUUCCACAAUCACCACCCCCGCCGCCACCACCGCCAGUAUACUCUCCCCCUCCCCCUUCACCAUCUCCACCAGUAUAUUCACCUCCACCUCCGCCGCCACCUGUGUACUCUCCUCCUCUGCCUCCACCAUCUCCACCGCCACCUGUUUAUUCACCACCACCCCCCUCACCUCCACCACCUUCACCACCCCCACAAGUAUAUUCUCCACCACCACCACCUCCAUCCCCACCUCCACCAUCACCCCCGCCACCUACUUAUCCAUCACCACCUCCACCAUCUCCUCCACCACCUUCACCAGUAUACUGUGUGAGGUCUCCACCUCCUUCACCACCAAAUUCACCCCCUCCACCACCUCCAUUGUUUUCCCCACCUCCACCAGUUCCUUACUACUAUAACUCCCCGCCACCGCCACACCAUUCACCGCCACCUCCUGUACAUUCUCCACCACCCCCACCACAUUCACCUCCUCCACCAAUUUAUCCAUACUUAUCUCCACCACCGCCACCACCUCUUGUUUAUUCCCCACCUCGUCCAGUUCACUCACCACCACCACCGUCACCUCCUCCAUGUAUUGAGCCACCUCCACCACCACCACCAUGUGUAGAGUACACGCCAUCACCCUCACCCCCAAUUCAUUACAAACCACCUCCAUCACCUUCACCCCCACCCCCACCCCCACCAAUCCAUUAUCAUUCACCUCCACCACCAUCACCUCCGCCGGCUCCCGUAUACGAAGGGCCACUUCCACCAGUAAUCGGAGUAUCAUACGCAUCACCUCCACCGCCACCUUUCUAUUGAUUCUUUCAAGAAUUUCCCUCUAACCUUGAUUAAAAAAAACCCCAAAAAAGAGGAGAAAUUCUCUCCCAUAAAUUAUUUGAUAUUUGGAGUUGUGAAAAAUAAAAGAAGAAAAGAGUGUAGGUUGAAAGGAAAGAUGUAUGUAUAGGGGAUGAAUUUCCAAAAAAAGGAAAAACCAUUGUAAUCUAAAGCCCUUACAAUGGUAGCAACAAGCAACACUUUCUUCAUGUUGCUAUCUUGCUUCUAGUUUGUGGGCUUUUUUUCUUUUUAUUAUUGUUAUUAUUCUCUCUUAUUUUUUCUUUUAUAGUAUAUUCUCAUGAAUAUUUUACAUGUACUUUAUCAUCAUUUAGCCAUUCAUAAUCAAUUCUCCCUUGCUUCA